AUGGGAAAGAAUCAUAAGCUUCUUGAAGAUGCUCGUGUUCAUCUUUUAACUUAUCUACAAUUCUAUUUGGGCAGGUCAACCCUGUGUCUCGAUUAUCUGUCUCUUGAUGAAGGUAUUGAAAAGGUUGUGGAAUUUAUGGAUGCAUACUUCAUUAGUCAGGAGAAUUUGGAUUCACUAAUGCUCAUGUCCAAGUUUCAAGGGAGGCCGAAUUUACUUGAGGUUAUGCAACUUGCUGUGAAAGCUGCACUUAUAAAGGCGUACAAUAAAGGAAGCAAGACACGGGUGAUACCAAGAGCAGAUUUGAUCACACUUCCAUGCAUUAAAUCUUUUUUACAUGAUGACCUAUGA